AUGUUGAUCUGGGACGAUAGGAGCAUACCACCCGCGAUCCGGCGAUCUAGAUGGCAUGGAGACGAGAUGGAGACGAGGGUCUGGUCGGCUGUCGAUCUGGCGAUCCCGUGGGGAUUGUGGGCGAUCCGGUUGGGCCUAGAUGGCGCGGAGACCCAGGCCGAUCGGGGACCGCUGGGGUGUGUCCUCCGAGAUCGGGCGAUCCGGGCGACAGGUCGCGAUCCGGAGACAGAAACAUGGUGA